GUGCAGUAGCGUCCCUUCUUCAUCUUUGUCUACAGAAGUUCAAAAAGUUUUGAGUUCUCGUUCAAAAAUGGCGUACCCGAGGAAGCUGCAAGACCUACUAGAAAACGAAUCAAAUUCAAUAGAACAUAGGUACUUGAAGCUUGGUUGUCACUAUUUGAUCUCUAACGUCGCUGUAUAUCUCAUCCUUGUGCCUCUCACCAUAGCUUUGACUCAUCUUCCUGUCCGAUAUUACGUCCAUUUCGUCAACAACCUUGAGCUCAAUUUGGUGUUAGUAGUUCCAUGCACCAUCCUAAUUACAGGUAUCCUUGCAACCAUUUACUUGAUGAGGCGUCCAACACAAGUUUACUUGUUCGAUUUUGCUUGUUACAAGCCCGAGCCAACACUGAUGUGCAGUAAUGAAACUUUUAUGAAAAGUUCUGAGCUUACUGGGAGUUUCUCGGAAGAAAGUUUGGCAUUUCAAAAGAAGAUUCUGGAGAGGUCAGGGUAUGGGAAGAAGACAUAUGCAUCGAAAUCACUGUUGGAGGUGCCAAUGAACAAGAAUGUGGAGGCGGCAAGAAAUGAGGCAGAGAUGGUGAUGUUUGGAGCGAUCGACGAGUUGUUGGUGAAAACUGGGGUGAAUUGUAAGGAUAUAGGGAUUCUUGUAGUGAAUUGCAGCGUCUUCAAUCCAACUCCGUCAUUGGCAGCCAUGGUUAUUAAUCGGUACAAGCUUCGAGGGAGCAUUUCGAGUUAUAAUCUUGGUGGGAUGGGUUGCAGUGCUGGACUAGUUUCUGUGGAUCUUGCCAAACGCUUGUUACAGGUGCGGCACGAGUCGUAUGCGCUUGUGGUGAGCAUGGAAAGCAUGACCCUGAAUUGGUAUGGUGGCAAUAACCGCUCAAUGCUCAUCACAAACUGUCUCUUCCGCAUGGGUGCUGCUGCUAUCCUCUUAUCAAGUCGCUCAUCCGAUCGUUGCCGCUCAAAGUACCAACUCCUUCACACUUUGCGUACACACAAGGGUUCCAACCAUAAUUCUUACAACUGUAUUUUCCAAACAGAAGACGACACCAAAACAGUUGGCAUUGUCCUCUCCAAAGACCUAGUGUCUGUCGCCGGUGAUGCCCUUAAAGCCAACAUUACAGAUUUGGGGCACUUGGUCCUUCCAUUGUCGGAAAAACUCCGGUUUUUGGCAAAUGUAGUUGGAAGAAAUAUUUUUAAGGCGAAGAUAAAACGAUAUGUUCCAGAUUUCAAGUUGGCUUUUGAGCACUUUUGCAUACAUGCAGGAGGGAAAGCUGUGCUCGAUGAGCUAGAGAGGAGCCUGAAGCUCAGUCAAUGGAAUAUGGAGCCCUCGAGGAUGACUCUGUAUAGAUUUGGGAACACUUCUAGUAGUUCUUUGUGGUACGAACUUGCUUAUUGUGAGGCCAAGGGGAGGAUCAAGAAAGGCGAUCGAGCAUGGCAGAUUGCAUUUGGAUCAGGAUUUAAGUGCAACAGCGCUGUGUGGUGUGCAUUGCGAACUAUUGAUCCCACAAAGGAGAAGAUCAACAACCCUUGGAUGGAUGAGAUUGAUGAGUUCCCUGUUCAUGUGCCUGAAGACGUACAUUGCACCUAUAUAAGUUAGUACUUAAAUCUUUACCUUUCAUCACAUUCAAAAAAAAUAAAAAAUGUGUGCUUCUUCUCUCUUAUCGAUGAAACCGAGAUGAAAAAUAUCAUCUUAAUUUCUAUGUUAUCAUGC